GUAAUUGAGUUACUUCAAUUUCAAGGAGGACUUUGCAAUGUCAGAUAGCGAUGAGGAGCCACAGCUAUCAGCUCAUGCUCUAGCUGCCCUGCAAGAGUUCUAUAAGGAGCAGAAAGAAGACGCAGAGAAACUAGAGGAAGCGUUGACUUCAGGGGAUAACAAUAUUCAACUGAAGGAAGACUGGCAACUGAGUCAGUUCUGGUACGAUGACAGAACGGCAGAGAUGUUAGCUAAAGAAGCCUUGUCGGCUGUGGGAGACACAGGGAGAAUUGCUUGUCUCAGCUCCCCAACUGCCUACAAAAAAUUGCAAGAGCUCAAGCCAGAAACCGUGUUGGUGAAGUGCUUGGAAUUUGACCCUCGCUUCCAGGUGUUUGGAGAAGACUUUGUCAUGUACGACUACAAGGAACCUCUUAAGCUCGACCAAACUCUGAAGGGAGCUUUUGAUUUAGUGAUUGCAGACCCUCCCUUCCUGUCAGAGGAAUGCCUCACGAAGACUGCGGUUACCGUCAAGUUCUUGACUGCUGGAAAAAUUAUUCUUUGUACAGGAGCCAUCAUGAAGGAUUUGGCCCACCGACUUCUCAAUGUAACUAAGUGCAAGUUUGAGCCGUCUCAUUCCAACGGUUUGCAGAACGAGUUUGCCUGUUUUUCCAAUUAUGACGCCCCAGUUUUGAACUCAUAGCAUUGAUUUGUGUAUGUGUGUGUGUGUUUGUAGUUGCUUGAAAGAGAACGUAUGAUGAAGUGUGUUUGGAACAAAGUAUGACUUGAAUAAAAAGUGCGUUUUUGUUUCUACUAACAACA